AUGCAGGCUGACUCAAUUGAAGAGCCGCCCACAGAAUAUACAUCACUUUUGCCGAAACCGCUCGACGAGGAAAGCUGUAACGACCGAAGUGUUUACCGCGAAGAUGAGAGCGUUCCUCAGAGUCGUCUUAUACUCGCUGAAUUUUGGAUCCUGCUCAAGGGAUCGAUACCGGUUAUUCUAGCCUACACGCUGCAAAACAGCCUUCAAACCGUCUCCGUACUAGUUGUCGGCCGCAUAUCGCCGGAGGAUCUUGCCACCAGUGCCUUUUCGUUUAUGUUUGCCAUGAUCACGGCCUGGAUGAUUGCCCUCGGUGGAACGACAGCGGUGGAUACGUUGGCUUCUUCAAGUUUCACGGGCAGUUCAAAUACACAUGACCUGGGUAUAUUGUUGCAGCGAGGAUUCUUUGUGCUCGGGCUGUUUUACAUUCCGGUUGCUAUUCUAUGGGCUUGUUCGGAGCCGGUAUUUCUCUUUCUGGGACAGGAUCCGGCUCUGUCUAGAGAAAGCGCGAGGUUUCUGACGUGUUUGAUCCCUGGAGGGCUCGGAUAUAUCUUUUUCGAGUUGAUGAAGAAAUAUCUCCAGGCACAAGGAAUCAUGCGGCCGGGGACGUAUGUGCUCUUGAUCACAUCGCCAGUCAACGCAGCUUUGAACUACAUAUUGUGCUAUACCUUCAAGAUUGGUCUGCUCGGAGCUCCCCUAGCGACCAGUAUCUCAUACUGGCUCUCUUUCUUCCUGCUCGUCCUCUAUGUACGGUUUAUAGAUGGCUCCAGAUGCUGGGGUGGAUGGUCCCGCGAGACCUUUCAGAAUUUGGGUAUCUUUGCCCAGUUGGCAAGUCUCGGAAUAGUGCACGUCGGGAGCGAAUGGUGGGCCUUUGAGAUAGUCGCCUUAGCAGCUGGACGACUGGGAACGAUCCCACUGGCCGCACAGAGCGUAAUCAUGACGGCAGACCAAAUCCUAAACACGAUACCAUUCGGCGUCGGGGUAGCCACCUCAGCAAGAGUAGGCAAUCUCCUUGGCCUUCGCAGUAUGUCCGGUGCAGCACGAGCGGCGAACACAGCGGCAUGGCUCAGCAUGUUCCUGGGGGGCUUGGUUUUGGCCGUGCUGAUGGGCACCCGGAACCACUUUGCGAAGUUAUUCAACGACGAUGAUCGGGUGGUCCGUCUCACGGCCGAAGUGUUACCACUAGUGGCCAUGUUCCAGAUCGCAGACGGCCUUAACGGAAGCUGCGGCGGUAGUCUUCGCGGAAUGGGCCGGCAACAUGUGGGCGCAUUGGUGAACCUGGUCAGUUACUACUGCGGCGCGUUGCCAUUGGGAGUCUGGCUGGCAUUUCAUGGAUGGGGAUUGCAGGGGCUAUGGGCGGGACAAUGUAUCGCGUUGUAUCUGGUGGGGAUGAUGGAGUGGGCGAUAGUUGCUUUGAGCAAUUGGAAUGUCGAGGUGGAUAAGGCGUUUAAGCGGAUGGAAGGUACGCAGUAG